AUGAUGGCCCUCGUUAUGGAACCUAUUAGCAAGUGGACGCCCAAACAAGUAGUGGAUUGGAUGAAAGGCCUUGAUGACUGCCUCCAACAAUACAUAAAGAACUUUGAGAGGGAAAAGAUCAAUGGAGAGCAGCUAUUGCACAUCACUCAUCAGGAGCUUGAAGAGUUGGGGGUCACUCGGAUUGGUCACCAGGAACUCAUUCUGGAAGCGGUGGAUCUGCUCUGCGCUUUGAAUUAUGGAUUGGAGACGGAGAACCUGCGAACGCUCUCUCACAAGUUGAACGCCUCGGCCAAAAACCUUCAGAACUUCAUAACGGGUAGAAGGAGGAGCGGCCAUUACGAUGGCAGGGCCUCCCGAAGACUGCCAAAUGAUUUUCUUACCUCUGUUGUUGACCUGAUUGGUGCUGCCAAGAACUUGCUUGCCUGGCUGGAUAGGUCUCCAUUUGUCAGUGUGACAGAAUACUCUCUGCUGAAAAAUAACAUUGUUCAACUGUGCCUGGAACUAACAACCAUAGUGCAACAGGAUUGCACAGUGUACGAAACGGAAAAUAAAAUUCUUCAUGUGUGUAAAACGCUCUCUGGAAUCUGUGACCACAUCAUUUCUCUCUCAUCCGACUCUCUGGUCUCGCAAUCAGCUCACCUUGAAGUCGUUCACCUUACCAGCAUCAUGCCGAGCGAAGGUUUGGGGAUGUAUAUCAAGUCGACAUAUGAUGGGCUGCACGUGAUCACUGGAACCACGGAAAAUUCUCCAGCGGAUCAGUGUAAGAAGAUCCAUGCGGGGGAUGAAGUGAUCCAGGUCAACCAUCAAACAGUGGUUGGCUGGCAGCUGAAGAACCUGGUAAAUGCAUUGCGUGAAGACCCCAACGGAGUGAUCCUAACUUUGAAAAAACGGCCUCAGAACACCCUGGUGUCUGCUCCUGCUCUUCUGAAGAAUGUGCGGUGGAAACCUCUUGCCCUCCAGCCUGUGAUUCCGACAAGCCCGACGAACAGCUCCACAACCCCUACCAGCACAAUGGGCAUGAGCUCCAAAAUAGACAGCUCAACUCUCCAAGACGUUUUCAUCCUCUCCCCAAUGUCAGGACUCUACGGCCCAAGAGACGAAAUCGGAAUAAUGUCUUGUGACGACAUCAGCAAGUAUGGUGUUGGAAAGACUGGGCUGAAGGGUUCUGAGUCCCCGAGCUACUUUUUGGAGCAUGAAAGUGGGAAAUAUUACACAUUAAUUGAAGGCGAGGGCCAUCCGGCAAGCUCUGAAUAUGAACGAGGCAGAGCGACGGGGAUACGGCGAAGAGAGAAGACUCCCACGCACGGUGAUCUGAGACCAGUUUCUAUGCCAACAGAAUACAGCUGGAUAGGAGAAUCAAAAGAGACAAAUAUGUACAAGAGGGGCAGCCGAGAUUCGGAGAACUCACUCCUGCGGUAUCUGAGCGAUGACAAGAUCUUGGUGAUCCAGGAGGAGCCUCUGACUCAGAAAGACAACAAGAGGGACACCGGGCGAAGGUCACGGAAAAAGGGCAAGAACAGCGGGAGCCCCAAUUACCCCAUUAGCCCCUCCAUGUUGACCUCGUCUGUGAGCGUGCGGCUUGAACCUGGUGGACAGCAAGAGGUUUUGAAUUUCUCCUUAGCUGAGAGCAACACUGUGCCACUUUAUCACAGAGCGGGCGACACAGUCGGUGGAGACUCUGAAAGAUAUGCAAGUUCUGCCGUUGAGCGUCAAGGAGGCACGUCAAUGAGGAAGUCUUUUCACUACGCUUCCUUGCGGGUCAAAAGCAAAAAAUGGCCCAAAGGAGGCUCGCUGAACAACAGCAGCCGGCGGCGGAUUUCCUGCAAGGACUUGGGGCAUGGGGAUUGCGAGGGCUGGUUGUGGAAGAAAAAAGAUGCCAAAGGUUACUUCACCCAGAAGUGGAAGAAAUACUGGUUUGUCCUGAAGGAUUCUUCCCUCUACUGGUAUACUAACCAGAAUGAUGAAAAAGCAGAAGGAUUCAUCAGUUUGCCAGAGUUCAGGAUAGACAGAGCCAUUGAAUGCAGGAGGAAACAAUGUAAAUGA